AUGUUAUUCCCAUCACAUACCCUCAUCCUGCACUGCUGUACUAGGUACCUGGUCUGCUUGUUUGCCAUCUAUCCAUCGCUUGCGCACUCCGCCGUCCCGUCCUUGGUCUUACUCUUUGCGGAUACUCUGGUUUGUCUGCCUUUUCGAGCGAGCACGAAAGGAUCCCAAAGGAUGAAUAGAGCUGCCCAGGAAGCCGGAUUCUGCAUUAUUUCACCCUCAUCAUCGCCUCUCUCGCCUCUCCCCCCCCUCACGUACUUUGAUCCAGUCUUUUCUUUUAUCUCUUCUUGACUUGACCCUCGGCCGCAUCGCCUCUCCAUCUCUCCUCUUCUCUCUUUCUCCCUCUCUUCGUGUGACCGACACACGUACACACAGGUACAUGCAAACACACACACAUACACACACACACGCACACACAAAUCCAUGGCCCAUUGGGAAUGUAGUCUUUAAUCAUCGCGUUACACCUUCAUAGACGCAACUCCAACAAACAAAUAAGCCCCCAAAGCUGAGCGCCCCCCCUCUGCCCUCAACCUCCAACGACGUAGAGACUGUUCGUCUCGUCCCACCAACGACAUCACCUGCUUCGUGCUGCUCCCCGUAUUCUCGGACCCUCGCCACCCCUAAAAGGCCAACGUCUGAUCUGUGUUAUUUGGCCACUUGCUGCUCGGCCGUCUUCUUUAUUUCGCCUUGAUGCCUUUUUGAGAUACCCCUCCUCUCCGAGAAAGCUAUUUCACAAGCUCCAUCUCCCUCUUCCCCCCUCUGCCCCCCUUCUUCAGAUCAGACCGGGCCGAGCGCACACUUAGACAAUCCAGCAAUGGCCAACUCAGUCAGCCCAAAACACCUCCCCAGGAUCGACACCUCCAUGGUGUCAUUCCACACAGAAUCCGUCGAGGACAGACUCAUUUCGGCCGCCGCCUCGGUGCUGAACCUGCCCAAGAACAGCAUCGAGCUGUUUGACUCCUUCUGCGACCUCGGGGGCGACAGACCGUCCGCAGUCGCGCUGAAGAAGAGGUGCAUGAGCCUCGGACUGGGCGUGAGGACGAGCGACAUCCUCCGCUGUCACACCCUGGCGGAGCUUCAGACGUGCAUCACCCCCUUGGUCGUCGAGGUUCGGACCGUGCCCCCCGAGUCCAAGGACUCCGAGGAAGACAGCGCCUCUCCCUCUGAUGUCUUCGCCUCAAGUCCCAGGAGACGACAACGACGAAAGAGCGCCUGCUCAACAACAUCAGCGUCAGCAUCCACAACAUCGUUAUCAUCAUCGACAUCAACAUCAAAGUCAACAACAACGACAACAACAUCGUCGUCCUGCCGUCGUAACUCGUCAGACAGCGCCGACGUGGCACCGCUCAGAAAACCAGGUGUCGAAAUCGAACUCUUCAUCCAGUCAACGCCCCAGGUAAGGAACGCCGCCGUCAUCAGACCAAAGGCCGGCUACCUGGAAGGCAAGCUCGUGGCCUUUAUCACGCUGGCCUCGGGCUGCCUCUCGCAGUCGUCCAGCCUGUCGAGCAUCCGACUCGUGCCGCAGUCGCAGAUGCACUUUGCCGGGAGCCAGGUCGCCGCCGUCCGCCUGGCCCUCGAGACGUCCGGGGGCUCUCACGCCGUGCCCAGCUCAUGGAUCGUGCUUGACCAGAUGCCUUCCAACGGAGAGGGUUCCGUCGACCGGCGGCGGCUCCAGACGUGGAUCCAGAACAUCAACCAGGACGUGUACCACCAGAUAUCGAGCCUCGAGUCGCACGAGCUCUUCCAGGAGCCGCUGACCGAGAUGGAACGGAUCGUACAGACGGCCGUCGCCAACGUGCUCCGGAUACCGCCGAGGCAGGUCGGCAUGAACUUCUCCUUUGGCCAGCUGGGCGGUGACGACAUCUCGGCCAUGAUGCUCGUGUCGGCGUGCCGGACGACCAAGUCCGUCAUCGUGAGGCCCGAAGACGUCCAGCAGUGCCCGACGCUGGGCCAGUUGGCGGCGCGCGCGUACCGGAAGAACGCGAGGCAUGCCGACGACGACGACGCCGCGUGGAGCGAGGAGUCGCUCGAGGGCUUCCGGUUGUCGCCGAUGCAGCAGCUGUACUUCGACACGGGGAUCGGCGGGCGCAUCGAGCAGCGCAUGGCAUCCAGAGCUGCUGCUGGCGGUGGUGGUGGUGGUGGCGGCGGCGGCGGCGGAGGUGGCGGCUACCGCUUCAACCAGAGCCUCCUCCUCCGGGUCAAGAACAACUCGACGCUGGAGGACGUCCACGCGGCCAUCGCGACGGUCGUCGGCCACCACUCGAUGCUGCGGGCGCGGUUCCGGCCCGGUGUCGACGGCUGGACGCAGAGGAUCGCGCCCAAGGUGGACGGGUCGUACGGGUUCCGGUACCACUCGGUCAGCACGACGGACGAGGUCAUGGCCAUCGUCGCGCAGUCGCAGGCGACGAUCGACAUCGAGGCCGGUCCCGUGUUCGCCGUCGACCACUUCCGGACGCACGACGGCCAGCAGCUGGUCUACCUGCUCGCGCACCACCUGGUCGUGGACAUGAUGUCGUGGCGCAUCAUCAUCCACGACCUCGACGAGCUGCUGCGCGAGGGCACGCUGUUCUCGGAGCGCUCCAUGCCCUUCCGGCGGUGGAACGAGCUGCAGGAGGAGUACAUCGCCGGCCAAGCCCCGGACCAGCUCGUGUUGCCGCCGGAAUACGCCGGUGUCCUGCCCGGCGGCCAAUACGGCUACUGGGGCCUCGAGGACUCGCUCAAUACGUACGCCGACAUCUCGGUCGCCAGCUUCACCCUCAGCCCGGAGCUGACGUCGAUCCUGCACACGGCGUGCAACCAGGUCUUCAGGACGGACAUGUCGGACAUCUACAUGGCGGCGCUGCUGCUCUCCUUCAGCCAGACUUUCCACGACCGCCCGCGGGUGCCUCCCGUCGUCUGGAACCAGGAGCACGGCCGCGAGCCGUGGAGCCAGGAUGUGGACAUCACCGAGACGGUCGGCUGGUUCACGUCGCUGUGCCCCGUGGCGAUGGCGGUCGACGCGGCGGACGACCUGUUGCACGUGCUGCGCAAGAUGAAGGACACGAGACGGUCGAUCCCGCGGCGCGGCUGGAGCUACUUCGCGUCGCGGUAUUUCGGGUCCGAGGCGGCGGCGAGGAGCACCGAGGGGUGGCCGUUCGAGAUCAUGUUCACCUACGCCGGAUCAGUGCAGCAGCUGGAGCGGGAGAAGGGGGUGCUCGAGCAGCUGACGAUCCCCGGGAGGCUGUGGUCGACCGAGGCCGCCGACAUCGGGCCAGACGUGCCCCGGAUCGCCCUCUUCGAGGUGUCGGCCAUGGUCGACCGGGGCGCGGCGUCGGUGCAGGUCGUGUAUAACCGGCACUCGAGGCACCAGGACCGCAUCACCGAGUGGAUCCAGACGUACGAGCACCUCCUGUACGAGGCCAUCGGCCGGCUGCGGUACCGCGGCCAGGAGCUCACGCUGUCGGACGUGCCGAUGCUCAACACGACGUACGAGGGCCUCGCGAAGCUCAACACGGACCGGCUCGUGGCGCUGGGCCUCUCGAGCGCGCGGGACAUUGAGGAUGUGCUGCCCGUGACGGCGCUGCAGCAGGAGAUCCUCAUCAGCCAGACGCGGGACAUGGAGACGUGCCACAGCCACGCCGUGUACGAGCUCGCGUCGGCUAACGGCGUCGUGGCGGACCAAGCGCAGAUCUGCGGCAUCUGGCAGCACAUCGUGGCGCGGUACCCGGCGCUGCGGACCGUCUUCAUCGACAGCAUCUCGGAGGAUGGGCUCUUCGACCAGGUCAUCCUUCGGCGGUGCUCGCCCGACAUGCUCUUCGUCGACGCCGAGGGCGGGGAGGACCCCGUGGCCGUCCUCGACGCGCUGCCGCCCAUGAGCACGUCGCCCUCGAGCCCGCGACACCGGGUGUCGGUGUGUAAGUCGCACGCCAGCACGUUCCUGCGGCUCGACAUCAGCCACGCGCUGUGCGACGCCUUGAGCCUCCAGAACAUUGUCUGGGACCUGAAGAGGAUGUAUAACAGCAGCAGCAAUAGUAGCAAGGUGUCGUCGUCGUCGAUGAAGAUGCUCGACCCGUCCCACGCCGCCUGCGUCCGGUACAUCUCGUCGGCCCGUCGGGAGAACAGCCUCAACUUCUGGCUCGGCCGGCUGCGGGAGACGAGGCCGUGCCUGUUCCCGCGCCUGAUGUCGACGACGACGAAGACGACGAAUAAGACGACAGCGAUGACAUUCCUAGAUGACAGCAACGGCAACGGCAACGACGACAACGCCGCGAGCGCCAUGAGACACACCAACUUCCACGUAGAGCUUCCCAUGGCGCAGAUCGACGACUUUUGCCGGUCCCUGGACAUCAGCCGGUCCGUCCUCAUGCAGAUGGCGUGGGCGCUCGUCUUGCGGGCCUUUACCGGCUCCCACCGAGUGUGCUUCGGCUACCGGUCGUCCGGCCGAGAGGCGGAAGACGCCCCGGAAGGGCUCGCCCGCUCCGUGGGCAUGUUCGAGAACACGACGGCCUGCUCCGUCGGCCUCGAGAACCACAAGACGGUCGGCUCAGUCCUCAAGACGAUCCAGGACGACGUCGAGGCCUGCCGCCCGCACCAGCACGUGCCCAUAUCGGAGAUUCAGAACGCCCUCAGCCUCCAGGGACAGCAGCAGCAGAACCAGCGGCAGCACCACCACCACCAGCGCGACGACGGCCUCCUCUUCAACACGUGUCUGUCAUACCAGGAGGAGCCGCACGAACUCAAGAGCCGGUUCAGCUCGACGGCGCGGCCGCCGAUGAGGCUCUCGUGCAUCCAGGCCUUCAACACGCCCGACAUGGACGUCACCUUGUCGCUGACGCUCGUCAACGGGCGGCUCGUCACGGGCGUCUCGCACCGGCUCAUGACGGCGGCCCAGGCGGAGAACCUCACCAACACGUUCGGCCGCGCGGUGCUCUCCCUGCUCGAGGCGGGCCCGGACGUCGCGGUCGGGGGCGUCGACCUCUUCACCGACAGGGACUACGCCCAGCUGCUCAUCAGCGACUGGGGCGCGGAUAAGGGCGGCAAGGAGGCCGCGCCCGGGUGCGUCCACGCCUUGGUCUCGCAGCACGCCCGGCUCCGGCCGGAUGCCCAGGCCAUCUGCGCCUGGGACGGCGAGCUCUCGUACCGCCAGGUCUGCCGUCUCGUCUCGCGGCUGGCGACCUUUCUCGGCCAGUGGGGGGUCCGGCCUGGCGUUGCCGUGCCGGUCAUCCUCGACAAGAACAAGUGGGCGGUGAUUAGUAUCCUGGCCGUGUUGAAAGCCGGCGGUUGCUUCGUGCCCAUCGACGCCGAGGACCGGGCCAACGUCGAGACCUUUGUCCGCCAGAUCUCGCCCAAGGUCGUCGUCGCCACAGACAUGAUGUGGAAGCACCUCGAGGCCAUCGUCGACGGCGUCGUCGUCGUCGACGACUCCCUCUUCGAGGUCAACUUUGCCAUGGAGGCCCCUUUACCCAUGGCCGCGCCCAACGACGCCGCCUGCAUCCUCCUUUCGCCGGGCUCGUCCCGCGGCCGCGAGGCCAAGGGCAUAGUCUUCCCCCACGCGGCCCUCUCGUCCGCCUUCGUCACGCAGGGCCGCGCCCUCGGCCUUGACGGGGACAGCCGCGUCAUGCAGCUCUCGUCCUUUUGCGUCGACACGGCACUGGUCGAGCUGCUGUCGACCCUCGUCCACGGCGGCUGCGUGUGUGUGCCGUCCUCGGUCGAGCGGACCAGCGACAUAGUCGGCGCCGCCCGCCGGAUGGACGUCAACUGGAGCUACAUGACGCCCGUCCUGGCCCGCAAGAUGACGCCGGCCGCCAUCCCGAGCCUGAGGACGGUCUGCUUCCGCACCCGCCGCCUCGACGGGGACACCUGCGGCCCCUGGAUGGCCGCCACGAGGGUCCUGCUCGCCUACGGCGCCCCGGACGUCUGCCCGCUGGGCGUGUCGGUCCUCGAGGUCGCCCGGCCGUCGGACCUCACCCGCGUCGCGCCGCCCUUCCUCGGCCGCUUCUGGAUCGUCGACCCGGAGGACCACCGCAAGCUGAUGCCCAUCGGCGCCGUCGGCGAGCUCGUCAUCGAGAGCCCGACUCUGGCCCACCGCUUCGUCCCCGGCCAGCCGCUGUGCCGCCUGCCCCAGGACGCCGAUUUGGCGCUUGAGGACGGCAAGCCGAGGACGCGCUACUUCAAGACGGGCCAUCGCGUGCGGUACAUGGAUGACGGCAUGCUCGACUUUGUCUCGAGCAGCCGUGACGAUCUGGAGAGCGGUAGCGGCGGCGGCGGUAGCAGCAACAGCAGCAACAGCGGCAUCGGCCAGGCCGCUCCCCUGCCCGUAGCUGAGAUCGAACAGAAGCUACGGCGGUGCCUCGGCCAGGGCGUCGACCUCGCCGUCGAGUCCAUCAUCAGCCGGGACGCGCAGCCGUCGCUCGCGGCCUUUGUCGAGCUCGGCGAGAGGCUGUUCGAGGGCUCCGAGGACCUCACGAGGAUCAGCGUGACGACCCGCGAGCGCACCUACAUCGCCAAGAAGCUCAUCGAGUCGUCCCUCGGCACCAGCCUGCCGUCGCACAUGAUGCCCACCGUCUUCGUCCCCGUCAAGCACCUGCCCGUCACGCCCUCCCUCAAGGUGAACCGCCGCAAGCUGCAGAAGAUGGUCGGCUGGCUGUCCCAGGAGCAGCUCGCGGCCCUGUCCGCCGUCGCCUCGCCCGACGAGAUCCGCUCCGUCGGCAUCAAGCCCUUGCCGCUGACCAAGGUCGAGGAGCGCAUGCGGUCCGUCUGGGCGUCCGUCUUGGGGGUCGAGGCCGAGGCCAUCCACGGCAACCAGAGCUUCGUCAUGCUCGGCGGCCGGAGCUACCUCGCCGGCCGCCUCGUCGUCGCGUGCCGGAAACGGGGGCUCAUCAUCGCCCUGCCCGACGUGCUCCGCGGUGCCAGCCUCACGGAGCUCUGCCAAGGCAUCACGCUCAGCUCGGAUUACGCCCUCGAGGCGGCGGCGGAGCUGUCCACCGAGACGUCUGUCGCUCCGUCGUCGGCGUCGGCAUCGGCAUCGGCAUCAGGGGCAUCGGCACCGGCAUCGGCAUCCGCGUCGUCGCCCGAGAUGCCGUUCGAGGAGCGCUUCGUCGGCGACGUCAUCGCCCCGAAGCUAAAGGUCGCCCGGGAGGCCAUAAGCGACGUUGCCGAGGCCUCGGCCACCCAGCUCAGGUUCCUCGAGACGGGCCUGCUGAAGGGCAACGCGAGCCUCACCUACUUCACCUUCAGCUUCACUGGCGCCAUCCAGACCAAGAAGCUCGAGGCCGUGUGCCUCUGCCUGGCCAAGAUCCAUCCCAUCCUGCGCACUGCCUUCGUCGUCCACGAGCGGAGGGUGUACCAGGCGGCGCUCAAGUCCUUCGUGCCCGAGUUCAAGCGCGUCGAGGUGCCGACCUGGCGCGUGUCGGCCAUGACGGAGAAGCUCAUCAAGAGGGACCAGACGGGCUCCUUCAACCUCGAGGUGCCCGCGACCAAGUUCUUCUUCGUCGACGCCGGGAAGCAGUCCAACCUCGUGCUGCGGCUGUCCGGCGCCCAGUACGACGACGCCUCGGUGUCCCUGCUGCUCCAGCACCUCCGGAGCAUCUACGUCUCCCCGUCCUGCCCGCCGCGGAGGGCGACCUACUUUGACUUUGCCCGCUCGGUGAACAACAACAACAACAACAACACCACCACCAACACCACUACCACCACUGCCGCCGCCGCCGCCGCCGCAGGCAGCGCAAAGGGCCACUGGGCCUCGGUGCUCGACGGGGCCAAGAUGACCCGCGUCGUCGCCCACAGCAAGCCGCCGGCCAUGAGCUCCAACGUCAAGACCAUCUCCCAGCGCGUCUCCGUCAUGUCCCUGGCCAACAUCGGCAUCUCCUUCGACACCGUCGUCAAGUCCGCCUGGGCCAUGGUGCUCGGCAACCUCGCCGGCAGCGGCGACGUGCUCUUCGGCGAGGUCGUCGAGGGCCGCCAUCUCCGGCUCCCCGACGGCUCCGACGUCUCCGGCACCCUCGGCCCCGUGUCCAACGCAAUCCCCGUCCGGGUCCGGUUCGCCGACACGCUGAGCAGCCCGCUCGAGCUGCUCAAGCAAGUCCACGGCCAGCGCGUCGCGAGCAUCCCGUUCGAGAACAUGGGCUGGCUCGACGUGGUCGAGAAGUGCACCAAGAUGCCCUACUGGACGCGCUUCAGCACCGUCGUCGAGCACCGCCACCAAGACGCCGCCCGCGAGGCCGCCGCCGUCUUCAACCUCGGCGGCGCCGUCAAGUGCCGCUUCGCCGUCCACGAGGCCGCCAGCCGGGACGUCUACGACCUCCACGUCGUCUCGACCCAGGAGACCGCCGCCACCGGCGACAUCUCGCUGACCUUUUGCGAGAACCGCAUCCCCGCUAUGUUCGCCGCCGACGCCCUCCGCGCCCUCUGCGCCAAUAUCGAGCUGCUCACCUCCGUCUCCAUGCUGCACCCGCUGAUCCCCUCGGCCGCCGAUUACCGCGACGUGCCCCCGCAGAUCCCGCUGCCGCAGCUCGAGAUGGAGCCGAAGCCCACCGCCACCGCCGGCGCCGCCAUGUCCGGGACCCACCGCGCCGCCGUCCAGGCCGCCAUCUCCCGGGUCUGGACGGCGGCCCUGGACCCGCGCUCCCUCGGCGUCCCCGAGGCCCAGCUGCACAACGCCGCCUUCUACGACCUCUGGGGCAGCAUGGUGCCGGCCUUCCAGCUCGCCGAGAUGUUGACGCAGGAGCUCCCGCGCCUCGGCCUGCCCGGCUCGCACCACCUGACCGUCUCGAUGGAAGAGGUCAUGGCCCACCCGACCAUGGCGGAGCAGUUCGAGCUGGCGGCUCGCAAGAUGCGCGACGCCAGGCGGAGGACCAUCGUCGAGGUCUUCUCGUCUUCAACGACGUCUUCGUCUUCGUCGUCAUCGUCAUCGUCCAAGGCGCAUCCCUCUUGGGGCCGCCGCGGGCUGAAGAUGCUCGUGGGUGGCGCUGUUGGUAGUGGUAGUAAGAGUACGAGUACCAGUGUCAGCGUCAACGCCAGCUCGUCGAGCUCCGUGGACGUCUACCGCGGUUCCUUCGUGCAGCAGCAGCAGCAAGGAGGGGCGCCGUUCAUGGACUCCAUCGCCGAGGGCGCCAUCAGCAGCAACAUACGUGCCGCGAGGCCUGCGUCGUCCGUGGAGUUGGAGGGACCGCGGAGGCAGAGGCUGAGUCUCGCCGUCGAGCACGACGGGAGCAGUAUGGAAAGUUUGACGACGGGGAGCAGCCGGACCGACGAGGAGGCCGAGGACCGGCGGGCGAGCGUGCCGGGGAACAGAGAGGACCGGGAAGAGGACGCGGACGUGGUGAGUCCGCUGAGCGCAACGACGACGGCCCCGUCGCCGGUGAAGGAGAGCCGGAUCCGGAGAAAGGCCGGCAGCGUGCUGAGCCGCAUCAGUCUCGUCAGUCCCGUGAGCUUAACCGGGUCCAAGUUGGGGCAUCGUUGAAGGUUGUUGGGUGUCUCUAUGGUGUUGUAAGAACAGUGUUGGAGUAUUGUAUGUACGGCCUUUCAAGAGCGGUUUCCUAUGUCAACAGCGAGCAGAUUUCAUGGCAUGAUGAUAUCCAAUAAAACGUAAUCGUAUUAUCUCUUC